CGACGUCACUUCCGCCGCCCUUCCUCAGAUCUCUCCAGAAAGUUCUUUACCGAUAUUAAACCCAGCAGUUCCUCUCUCCGCCAGCCCUCGGGAUAUAACCCCACCGUGCAGGACAAGUAAAGUAGGACCACAGCCGUCAGUCACCAUGGUUCUGGAAACCGGCUACUACGACCUGCUGGGUGUGAGCCCCAAAGCCUCGCCGGAGGAGCUGAAGAAAGCCUACAGGAAGCUGGCGCUGAAAUAUCACCCCGACAAGAACCCGAAUGAAGGAGACAAGUUCAAGACCAUCUCUCAAGCGUACGAAGUGCUGUCUGAUCCAAAAAAGAGGGACCUAUAUGACCAAGGAGGAGAGCAGGCUAUCAAAGAGGGAGGCGUGGGUGGAGGAAAUAAUCCGAUGGACAUAUUCAACAUGUUCUUCGGAGGUGGAGGACGGAUGCAGCGAGAAAGAAGGGGGAAAAAUGUUGUCCACCAACUUGCUGUUACUCUGGAGGAGAUGUACAAUGGGUCGACUAGAAAGCUUGGACUUCAGAAGAAUUUCAUUUGUGAGAAAUGUGACGGUUACGGUGGUAAAAAGGGAGCCUUGGAGAAGUGCUCAAGCUGCAAAGGAAGAGGGGUACAAAUCAAAGUACAGCAGAUUGGGCCAGGCAUGAUUCAGCAGAUCCAAAGCAUGUGUGCGGAGUGCCAGGGACAAGGGGAGAAGUUUAGCUCAAAGGACCGCUGCAAGACCUGCAAUGGGCACAAAGUAGAACGCAAGAAGAAAGUUCUUGAAGUCCACAUUGAUAAAGGUAUGAAGGAUGGUCAGAGAAUUACAUUCCAUGGAGAGGGUGACCAAGAACCUGGUCUGGAGCCGGGAGACGUUAUCAUUGUCCUGGAUCAGAAGGACCACGAAGUCUUUCACAGACAAGAGGAUGAUUUAACCAUGAAGCUAGAGCUCAAACUUGUCGAGGCCCUGUGUGGUUUCAAGAAGACCAUUGAAACGUUGGACAACAGGACACUCGUCAUCACCUCACAGCCAGGAGAAGUAAUCAAGCACAAUGAUGUCAAAUAUAUUCAAAAUGAGGGCAUGCCAAUAUACAAGGACCCUUAUGAAAAGGGGCAGCUUAUUGUUCGGUUUCAGGUGGAAUUCCCUGAAAAGCAGUGGCUCCCAGAGCAUCUCAUGUUCCAGCUGGAACGGUUACUUCCUCCCAGAGAAGACGUCAUGCUCACCGACGACAUGGAAGAGGUGGACCUCUGUGAGGUUGAGCUGGGGUCCAAUCAGAAACAAUACAGUCGGGAAGCAUACGAGGAAGAUGACGAGGGCCCCAGGGGUGGAGUGCAAUGUCAGACACAGUGAUCGUAGUGAACUCAUUCUUUGUUAUGCAUGUAUGGUUUUUGUUCAUGUUUCUGGAAUAUGUUUGGCAAUGGAAUGUUUGAACCUUGCCUCUUAAAUUUCUAUUUCAAAAUCAUUCAGGCAUCCAGGUUACAAACAGCUGCCAAUGCUCCAAGAAAUAUCAAAACUUUAUUAAACUGUCUUGUUUUUUCUUUGAAUUUCAUAUACAAAUUCACGUAUGUUCUUUUUAUCAAUACGCUGAGCGGAUGACAUGCGUUCUGUGAAGGUGAUGUCAUGGCAAUGUUAUAUUUGUCAAUAAAGAUUCAAUGUAUCAGC